UUUGCUGUAGGUAUAACAUUUUCGGAUGGUGAGUUUAAUGCCGAUGGGAAAAACACAGUGGUAAAGCAUCUAAUAGUGUGUAUUUGAUUGAUUAACUUUGUACAAAGAAGGUGUAGAAAAUGAGAGCCCCCGCGCAUAAGCAUUUUACGGUACGUUUGCGACAGACGCCUGACGUCGGGCGGCGUGACAUUUCGCGGUUGUCGAGGUGAGCGGUGAUGUAUGUAAAGAUGGGAAAGUGCAAAUUUAACGACAAAUGGAUGGAAAAGGAUGUAUUUAGGAUGUGGCUGGCACCAGCCAAAAACAAAAAUGAGGCAAUGUGCAAAUUCUGCAAAAAAACUUUUUCUUUAGGCACCAUGGGGGUCAAAGCCGUCGAGUCGCACAUGAAGGGAGGAAAGCACCUGCAGUAUAUGGCCGCAGCUAAUAGCAAGCCCGGGCUAAUCCCUGCAUUGUUUGCAGCUCCACCUAAUGUUGCAAGUUCAGACGCCACCUCUCAGUCGACUAUUAAAAGCUUUGUUUCACCGCCAGAGACCCAGAAGGCAGAGGUAAUGUGGGUUCUCCAUACCGUAAUGAGGCACAAUUCAUUUAAAUCUAAUGAGGAGAUAAGUGAAGUCUUUGCUGCCAUGUUCCCCGAUUCCCAGCUUGCAAAGUCAUUCAGCUGUGGUGAAAAUAAAACUGCAUAUAUCGCCAAAUAUGGCAUUGCUUCGUUCAUCAAGAAGGAGCUAUCGCGCAGCGUUAGUGAGAAGCCGUAUGUUAUCAUGUUUGACGAAAGCAUGAAUAAAACGACAAAGAAUAAACAAAUGGACCUUCAUUUGCGGUUCUGGACUACUGAUGAUGAGACGGGCACACACCAUGUCAUCUCCCGCUACUAUAGGUCGGAGUUUAUGGGUCACUCGAGAGCCGAGGACAUGUUGGGACAUUUCAGUGAAGGUACAAAAGAGCUGAAUCUGAACAACAUGCUCUCACUCUCGAUGGAUGGGCCCAGUGUUAAUUGGAGGUUUGUUGAACUCUUACAAGAGGAACACAGAGAGCAGUGUGGUGGAGCCCAACUACAAAUAAUUGGAAGUUGUGGCCUUCACACAAUGCACAACUCAUUCAAGAACGGCUUCACGGUUUGGCAAGUUGAAAAAGUUCUGAAAGCCCUGCACUACCUGUUUCAUUAUGCACCUGCAAGGAGGGAAGACUUUGUGUUAUUGACCAAGUGUGAUAGAUUUCCUCUGCCAUUUUGUGGACAUCGCUGGCUGGAAAACCUUCCAGCAGUUGAGAGAGCCAUUGAAAUUUGGCCAUAUAUUGUCUCCUAUGUGGAUCAGGUCAAAGCCAAGAAGCUCCCCAAUCCAAGGUCAUCAUCGUAUGACACCAUCGCAGAAGCACGGAUGGAUCCCAUUAUCCUGGCAAAGUUGCACUUCUUCAUGAGUAUCUCAAGAACUUUUCAGCCAUUUCUCACCAAGUACCAGACAGAUGCCCCGAUGAUUCCCUUCUUAGGCAGAGAUUUGGAGGAUCUAAUCAGGAGCCUUCUCAGGCGGUUUAUAAAGCGAGAUGUUCAGGUUGAUGUUUCCCCAGUAAAUCUGGUCAAGCUUGAUGUGACAGACCAAAAAUUUUGGGUCAGUCCAAAGCAAGUGGACAUUGGCUUGGGAGCCACAGCUGCCCUCAAGGUGAUAAGAUUGCACAACAGUUUCAGAAGUUCCUGUUUAAUGAGGCCAGAGGAGAGGAAUUCAUGGUCUUCAGUGCAUUGGAUGGGACAUUGCGAGUUGACAGCUUCCUGCAUAAGGCCAUGAAUGGAUAUGCAGAACUUUGGAGCUUUGUGGAAAAGCUACUGCUUCUGUCCCAUGGACAAGCCACUGUGGAGCGUGGAUUCUCCAUAAACAAGGAGGUGGAGAUGUGCAAUAUGAACGAGGACACUAUAGUCUCACAGAGACUGAUCUGCGACUAUGUGAGGAUGUGUGGUGGAGUGGUCAAAGUGCCACUAACUAAAGAGCUGCUAAAUGAAUGUGCAACUUCACGCAACCGGUAUAGGAUCUUCUUGGAAGAUGAGAGGAAGAAAAAGGAAAAGGCAAAACAGAUGAACAAGAGAAAAGGGGCUGAAAAUGAGCUUGAACAGCUACGCAAGAAAUGAAGAACAAUCUUAACUGUGUGUGACACUCUAGAGAAGGAGGCAGAUAGCCUUGCAGAGAAGGCUGAGAAUACAGCUGGGACCAAGAUGGCAGAGCUCAUCACUAAAUCCAACUCCAUGAAAAAAAGAUGCAAGGACAAGAGAGGGGAGUUGAUGGACCAAGACCAUGAAAUUGAGAAGAGAGUGGCAGAGCUACGCUACAUGUCUUGAAGAGAAUUUUGACCUCUUGAAUUUGACCUGUUCAUUGGUUUCUCUCUAAGAUUCAUGUGAUAACAUUUUGUGUUGUUUUGCAAACAAGCUGUUUUGAGGACUUUUUUUUAGCUUAUAUUUACAACGCAGUAUGCGUUACGUGUUAUUUUAUAAUUCUGUAUGGUUUCUACAUGCAAGUCAGUGUGUUGUUUAAUGUAAUGCAGCUUAUGUAUCUUAUGCUGGCUCUGUUCUGCAUCACAAU